UGCAGCCCGGUCACUACCCCACACGUCGACGGACACACAAGCACAAGAGCAAAGGCAGCAGCACUGCAGCAUUGCGCUAGUGUCAUAGCUCGAUCGGCGCAGGCUAUCUAGCUAGUAGCGUCGACCCCCGCCCUCCCGGAGCGCAGCGUCUGGCAGGGUGCGCGAGAUGGCGCCGCCGCUGCCGAGCCGCGCCGCACUUGCGCUCAUCGUCGCCGUUGCCGCGCUCCUCGUCCUCGUCGUCGCAGCCGAGCUAGACGCGGGCAGCAGCACGUGGGCAGCGGAGGAUUACGGCGGCGGCGCCGUCACCGCCAUGCGGGCGGCGUGCAGGGUGGAGGACGAGGAGGGGUGCGGCGGGGAGGCGACGCUGCGGAGGCAUCUGGGAGGGGGCGGCUACAUCGGCUACGACGCGCUGCGGCGCAACGCCGUGCCGUGCUCGGUCCGCGGCGCGUCCUACUACAACUGCCGCCCCGGCGGGCAGGCCAACCCCUACUCCCGCGGCUGCUCCUCCAUCACCCGCUGCAGAGGCUAGCUAUCCACGCGUACCUCGCCGUCGCCGCCGUCGGUCGACUGCUCGCCCGGUGGUUCUUGUAGGAUCUUGUAAGUUGUAAGACAUGUUCGAUUGAUUUUCUUCUUCUUCUUCUUCCAGUCGGUGAUCCUUGUUUGGGGUUUCAUUAUACCGGAUUCAGUCCGAGAAUGAUUCGUUGAGCAAAUCAUCCAUGGCUACUUCUGUAAUUGGAGGCAAUGUAUCGAUGGAUCGAUCGUGAAAUUCAUGUUACUGAUUCGUUUGA